UCCGUCGGCCGUUGGUCAUUCGCGUUUGACACUCCUAGUGAUUCACCGAAUAAGUCACGUGAGCGGGUGUGGUUCGGGAUCUAUCCCAGCUUAUCCUUGCACUUGGGUGGCUGCCUCACUCUUUGCCUUGGGCGGGGUAAGGAGGACAGCCUUGAACUGUUGGUUCGACGUAUCACCUAUAAAUUAGUUCUCAUUCAUUUCAUUGGUGCUAAUAAACGUUGGGAGCUAUGUGUCGCCGAUUGGCGUUUGGGGAUGGCCUGAUACAUGACCGAAAUAAGCGCCAAGGUUGACUGCCCUUCCUUCUGACGAUCUUGAAUUUUGUCUAUUAAUAGGACGUUCAUUCACGUAGCUGCCUACACCAGAGAAUAAUUUCAAUAGCUGGAAAUAGAAUGUGUGUUUUGAAUGCAAACCCACCCAUUCGCCGAAGAUGCCUGGCGUGAUAAUAGAACCGAUUGCCGGUUGUAUCAAGUGGCUGCCUCCAAAAGAAGAUCUCGUCCCAGACGACCCUGAAAUUGAUGAUGGUUGUUGCAAUCAUCCUGUGGUUAUCCUUUCUACUGUUCCCCGCGCAAAUAAAGUAGAUAUUCUCAUUAUUACCUCCUUCGGAGGGCUUGAUCUUGAAACGAAGUACCCGAACCAGCAGUCUGCGAGACUGGAUCACCUUCCGAUCGCACCUAGCAAAGCGCACCCUGAUAAUGGGACCCUACUUGUCCUGAAAGAUCCUCUAUACGAGUUGAGGAAAAGAUCAUAUGUGAAGACUAGGGCCCAGUACACGAUUCUUCUAGCUUCACUACAGCCAUACAACCGGCAUGGUCCGGAAGUAUUUCUCUCGAAAAAGUCUUAUAAAGCCCUCGUCAAGCACAUCAAGUACUCCGAACCAGCCUACCUGCCAUCGCUUGAUGCAACUAGGAUUAAGCGCAUACAACCAACUUCCUCUACAGCCAAUUAUUCAAUCAUUCCUCAACGGACUGGCGCCGAAGAAGAUUUGGCAUUCUUGCAGCAAUACUGGAGAACGGAGUACGAUCGCGCUAGAAGAGUCGAGCCCAGUCCCCAGCUUCUAAGGGCCUAUUCCAAUACCCACGCUGUGAGGCUCACUGCCUCAGCAAAUGACACGCAGCCACUGCUUGGGGGCGAAUAUCGUCCGCGCUCUUAUGGAAAUUAUCCCGUACUGCCGGUGUCACAUCCAGUUCACACAGGUCAUGGAAGUGGCUCAUCGACACCCGCUGGCUGGGAGAAUAUCCGAAAGUGUAUCAAGGUAGUCAUGUGGAUUUGCUUUGCUUUGCUUUUAUCGUAUGGGUUGUAUCGUGGCGGUUGUUUGAUUGUUUCUGCUUUGCCCCAAGUGCUUGAUUGGAUGAAGAAGAUGUUUCAGUCUAUCGAAGUAACAGUUCAGAAGCUUUGGUCGUCGCUUUCGCACUCCAUAGGUUUGGAAGGCUGAGAAUAUUACGGGUGUGGUUAGAAUGGGUUUCUUCCUUGUUAUGCAAACCUUCCUGUGUUUCAUAUCUGUUAUUUUAUUGGAUAUCACUCCUUUCAACUCUAGGAUAUAUCGGUAGCAACAGCUCGUCAAAAUCUAAUCUCCGUUGAUCGGUAGUGAUGGACCAGGUUUGUUCAAAGUUGACCUUUUGCGUACAAAUGUUAAAGUGUUGGUAUAGAAGCCUUUAAGACUGGAAGCUGCAGCAUUCGAAAACGGAGUUUCCUAUACCACGUUUGCCCUACAGGGCAAAAAGGUUCACUUAAAGCUCAAUAUUGUCACAAUCGUUGGUUUAGGGUAUAGCUUGAUUGGUACUAUGGACGAAGAUUUUAAGCUAAGGAAGGAAAAGAUGAAGCUAGAAUAUAGGUGUGUAUGGAUAUAUUAUCUUUGAGAUGUCUUAAAAUUAGCGAGGUCCAAAAGAUGUUGUAUUGGGUUAAGUUUCUA